GGGAUUCCAUUAUUAUCUCUCUUUCACGCUGGUCCCUUUCAGUUUCCGAGAGGAAGAUAAGGAAUUCUCGAAGCAAAGUUGGGAAAAAAACGGAAGGGAGAGAUCGAAAACCUUUGGUUUUUGGUUGUUUGAUUGGGAUUUCAGGAUCAAAAACUCAUCUUUUUUGUUGAAUCUGGCUUAAAAAUCUUAUCUUGGAGUGAAGGGAAGGCAUGGCGAGUGAGCCGAGGACGAUGGAGUGGUGGAGGAGCUUCUUUCGGAGCUCCGGCGUUGAUAUCUUUGAGGUUGUUCAGCGAUCGAUCGUCGUCGCUGUGUUGGACUAUCCGAAUGUGUUCCAAUUGAGGCGUGACGAGAUUGCGGAGACUUUGUUCACUUGCCACUUGGCCCAGCGCGGUGGAGAUGGUGAUGUGCUGUCUGAGAAGACUGUUGAUGAGGUGGUGGAUGAGAUGAAGAGCAAGAGAGGUCACAGUGAUGGUGAGAUGAGGGAGAACAAGGUGGAUGGAAUGCCGAGCAAUUGUAGUUAUGAUGUGGCGGAGGCACUGACGGAGGAGAUGGAGGAGGAGUCUUUGAUUGUUAGAGAGGUUCUUAGGAUCAAGGAAGUGCUUUGCAAUAAAGAUGAGUCUGAUAGUGUUCUGUUUGAAUCUUUGAGGAGGCUGGAGUUGAUGGGAUUGUCAGUGGAAGCUCUCAAGGAGACUGAGAUUGGAAGAGCUGUUAAUGGUUUGAGGAAACAUAACUCGAAGCAGAUUCGCCAUCUUGUGCGAACUCUCAUCGAUGGUUGGAAGGUUUUGGUUGAUGAAUGGGUCAAUGCCACAGCCGCCAUUGCUGAUAAUUCACCAGUGUCUGUCCAUUUACCUAUUGCUGAUGAGGAAGAAGGCCUCCCUUCUCCUCCUCUUGACGAGGGAGCUCUAUUCAUAACUCAGACUGCUGACAUCCAGCUCUCAGAGUUCUUCGAUGGCAUGGAUGAAGAUGGAAAUAUUAGAAAUAUCGAAGACCAAGGUGUUGAUCUCAGCAGAAACAGUGGCGUGUACGAUGUGAAAUGUACAAAACAGGAUUAUGAGAGAAGGCAUAUGGAAAAUCGGAAACCAGUGAAACCACAACAGCCACCUCAUCAGUUGCCUAUUGCUGAAGAUAAGGGGAAGGCAAAAAUUCAAGACCCAGUUGGCAGGCAAUUGAAACAACAAGAAGAAGCUGGUACAAUGAACAAGCAAAGCCGGAAUGAUUAUGCAGAUAAUUUGUAUUCGGAAAGACCAUCAAAACAAGGCUAUGAGCAAAAGAAACAAUUCAGUGAAUUUAAGUCCCGCCAACAAGACAUUUCCGGGAUUCAAAGGAAACCUUCCUCUGCUACUCUACAAGAUAAAUCCAAGUAUUCAGAAGAGGUUUCGGAUAAGGCGAAGCUAGAAGCUGCAAAGAGGAAACUUCACGAAAGGUACCAGGAAGCAGAAAACGCAAAGAAGCAAAGAACCAUUCAAGUAAUGGAACUGCAUGACAUACCGAAGCAGGCCAAUAACUUCAGGCAGCCGUUCACAAAACCGAAAAACAACAUCAGGAAUUGGGCAAACGUCCGACGCUGAGUUGCCAAUAACGUUCUCCUGUAUUUUGACUGUUAGUUCUCUGUUUCUCCGGCAAUCCAAAGGGAAAUAGGCAGAAACUUGCUGCUCAGAGGCCAUUUGUAAAUUCUAAUUUCAUGACUACAUAACUAAGUAGUUUCUUUUACUUAGUUGAGUUGUAGCUUAAUUACCAGAGAUCCUAAUUUUUAGAAUGUCUCUGUAUAAAAUUAGAACAGAAUUGCAUCAUGUAAUGUUAUUAAUCUUUAGAGUUGUUUAUUCAUCCUCCUUCAAAAAGUUUUGUGUCUCUUUUCUAUC